AUGGCCUUCGCGGGCAGCGCUGACGACUCGGCGGAAGAUUAUUCCGCGGCGGCCACCGUGGUGCGCUUCGACCCUCCGCUCCCUCUCCUCCGCGCGCCCGUCCCCUCCCCGGCCUCCGGCGACGGCCCCGUCGUCCUCGCCUUCCGCAACGCCGCCAGCUGGCGAGCCGCCUGGGAGGUCGCCGAGGCCAGCCUCGUCUCCCAGUGCGAGGCUGGUGCACGAACAGGGUGCUCAAUCAGCGCAUCACGCGAAUGCAAGCCUCCCUGGUGGAAAGGCUUAUUUGUAGCUGCCCCGACUGACUAUGAAGAAAGAGAGAGAUGUGAAGAGCGAGAGAUGGCUGCUUGUCUUGAGGCAGCAAAGGAGGCUUGCAUUAAGUUUGCAAAGGGAAAAUGCAUUGGACCAUUCCGAGAUGCAAGGAUCGCCUCUAAGGGUCUCCUGGAAAAUACAGAUUUUGAUGUCUGGGGCGCUGCUGCUGACAAAACAACAUCAACAUCAUCAAGUGCUGUGAACAAUCAGCAGUGGUUUAGCACUGAUCCUGGUGUGACGAACUACAGAGGAAGUGAUGUGCUUGAUAGCUUGUCAUCGAAAAGAAAGCAACAGCUCUGGAUGACGACUGUCUAA